AUGGGGGCGCUAACUGCACCGAUUACCAAGGUCUUCUGCAAGGGGGUGCUGGGCAGCACCUUUGGGUUCUCAUACUCGUGCAUGGAGGGGGACACCCGGGAGCUCUGGUCCUCGGGCCACCACCUCAAAUCGUGCCGGGAUGUGGCCUUCUCGCUGGACGGGCACAAGCUCUUCACGGUGUCCAAGGACAAGUCCAUCCACGUGCUGACGGUGGAGGAGGGCCGCCUGGAGACGCGCUUCGCCAAGGCUCACAGUGCGGCCCUCAACUGUGUGCUGCCCAUCACCGAUCACGUCUUCGCAACGGGCGACGAGGGCGGCGCGCUCAAGGUGUGGGAUGUGCGGAAGGGAGCCCCGGUCCUGGAGGCGCGGGAGCAUGAGGAGUACAUCAGCGCCAUGGCAGUGGAUGCGAACGGGAAGCUCCUGCUCACGGCCAGCGGCGAUGGCACUUUGGGUGUCUUCAACAUCAAGAGGCGGCGCUUCGAGCUGCUCUCGGAGCCACAGAACGGGGACCUGACGUCUGUUGUGCUCCUCAAGAGAGGGAAGAAAGUGGCUUGUGGCUCCAGCUAGGUGACAAUCUACCUCUUCAACUGGGAUGGCUUCGGUGCCGCCAGUGACCGCUUUGCCUUGAGGGCUGAGUCCAUCGACUGCAUGGUGCCCAUCACGGAGAACAUCGUGUGCACGGGGUCCCUGGAUGGAGUCAUUAGGGCGGUGAACGUGCUGCCGAACCGGGUGCUGGUCUGCGUGGGGCGCUGGUGA